UCAAGGUGAUCAUCUUCAUUUGGAUAAUCUCUGUCUUUGCUAGUCUUCCAUGGUUUUAUAUCGCUGUUUACAGAAGCUCUCAGCUAGUGGACGGAACACCAAUUAUGGUGUGUCGAAAUCCAAUUCGUCUUUACUGGCAACGCGUCUACAUUACCGGCUUGACGGCACUCUUCUAUAUGGUUCCAUGCGUAAUAUUGCUCGCCAUUUAUGUAGAAAUUUGCCGAGAACUAGUCCGUAGCAACAUGGACCAAGGAGCACGCUUCGGACAAUCGGAGGUUGGGAGAAUUGCAUUCUACAGUGAAAGAAAACGUUCUCAGAGACAGGUCCUGAACCUCAUCAGUUCAAUCGUAUUUGUUUUCUUUCUGUGUCAUUUACCUCUACGCGUAGCGGGACUGUGGUUCACUUUUGAGGACAAAAACGUCAUAUAUUCCCUUGGUCUGGAAAAAUAUCUGACUAUUCUGUAUGCUACAAGAAUUAUUUUCUACCUAAAUCACGCCUUGAACCCAAUUGUAUAUAACUUCGUCUCAAGAAAAUUUAGACAGGCAUUGAAGAGCGUUUCUCUGAAAAAAUGGAGCAGAUCUGACUUCAAAAGAUCAGUCACUAAGCGCAUGAUAGUCAAAAGUUCAAGUAAUCGAAAGCCAUAAACACGAUUACAUAACAGGAAAAAGUUUCAAUUCAUGCACAAAGCCACUCACAACAUUUUGAUACUAUAUGAUUAUCGAAAGUUCCAUGGUUUUCCAUUUAUCAUUUGUUACGUGACUUUACCUCACUAAGGUGGAUAUUUGGAAUGCCUGUUUUGCUCAGUGAAGCAAUAUAAAUUUUCAAUGGCGUAAUGGCUUUUAAAAGGUAAAAAAUGUAUCCCCGCAGUAGACCAUCAUAGAAACACUAUUUAAUUCGUAAAUUUCCGACAGAAGAGGAUUUUAUGAGAAAUGACCACUUGAAAAAAUCAUAAAAUUUACUCUUUGUACAACAUGGAAACAUAGAAAAAGUAAAUGAAAUUUGGUUUUAGCUCUGAUAGUAUUCUAUAACGUAAAAAUGCUAAUGAUAUUUUGUACGAAGUAGAAACUGGUUUGCAUUGACAUGGACCAAGAAAGACACAUUAAGAGACGAACAGAUGAACCGCGAUCAAAUGGUCAGCGGCAAAAUAUAUCACUGGGAGAGCAUAAACUGCUUAACUGUGCGCAAACCCUCACUCUUUGUAAUGUUUUAACAGUUACAGGACAAUAUAAAAAAGUUACCCUCUCCAGGAGAAUCUCUUAUGUAUUGGUAUCAAAAUACCACAACAAUACUUGUGUAAAAUUAUUCGAAAUAAAGUAACAAAUGUGUAAGAAGUGAAUGUAUCUGCAGAAAACAAAAGCAACAAUAACAGCACAUUAAUGACUCAAUGAAUAAGUCCAGAAGACAAAUAUCAAAGCAAUUCAGUCCUAGUCGGCUUUAAAACCUGCCAAUCAUGGAGCCUUCCACCGAACUGAAGAGGAACACGUAACACGAAGGAUCUAACACUAAAUACGCGGUGUGCGUCAAAAGAAAGGGUCAUUUACUUUUGGAAUGAACGUUUCAUGAUCAACUUCCCCCCACCCCCACCAAAACAAACCCCCAAAACACACACUUGCAAAAUUACAUGACCCAGUUUUAAAAAUAAUUCUCCCAUAGCUUUCACCGAAGGAAUGGUACAGAACAUUUUGCAUGUUGAGACAACAUUUUAUUAUUUGUAUCUAUAAUAAAUUGGCAAUU